UUAAAGAGGAGUGUGAUGAUGAAGGUCGCUGAGAGUUUCCUGCUGCUGCUGCUGCUCGCCGCCUCCAGCUUUAUGGUUAAAAGCUCCACAGCCUCUGAGUCUCAUCCACGAGAUGUCUACGAAGCUCUAGGAGAGAUGAAGGGGGAGAUCAGACACUUACAUGUGGAGAAUAAAGAACAAGCUUCAGAGCUGCACAGGCUGAAAAAACAGCAACAAGAACAAGCUGCAAAGGUGCAGAAACAGCACGCAGAGAUGAACAAGCUGAAAGAACAGCAACAAGAACAAGCUGCAGAGCUGCACAAGCUGAAAAAACAGCAACAAGGCCGACAGGUGGCGUUCUCCGUUGCUCCGGUGACGAAAGGUGAAUUUCGUCAGGGACCUGUUAAUGGCCUCACCACGCUGAUCUUCAAACACGUCCAGACCAACAUCGGAAACGGCUACAACAAACACACAGGUGUUUUCACCGCACCGGUGAGGGGAGCGUACCACUUCGAGUGGCACGUUGGCGCACAUGGAGACAACAGACAUCCUUCGGCUGCCGUCCUCAUCAAGAACUCAGAGCAGAUUUUCAUGGCGUGGGAGAGGCAGGCGGCCCAUUUCGGGACGGCGUCCAGCAGCGUCACACUGCUCCUGGAGGUCGGAGACACUGUGUUUUUGCGGCUGUGGUAUUUUUCUAGAGUGUACGAUAAUCGCAAUCACCACAACUCGUUCAGCGGUCUUCUGCUUUUCCCCAUGUGAGACAGAAACACUUCCUGUUUGUCUGCACUUUCACCGUUUCAGGUUGCUUUUUGCCCUUUUUUUACAUUUUACAUUACAGUAUAUAAAUCUAUAUUAAUCUAUAAGUCCUGCAGCUCUAUGGAAUCAGCAAAAUCAUGGCUACAAAUGGGAACAACUCAAACAUGUCUUAGUACAGAGUAACUCAGUUAGAAUGGCAUAAAAUCAUAAAUCACAUAAAAAAUAAUUAAAUUGUAAUGAAAGUAAAUCUAUAUAGAAACACUUUUCCAAGUGCCCACAAGUGUCACAAAUGUUUUACACAUUUUAAAUGACACAUGUAGAAAAAAGUGAUUCUGACAGAAAUAUUACAAAUUUAAGCUUCAAUUUGGUUAUUUUUUCAUAAACUUUGAUAAACUAUGAUCCGAUCAGGGACUGUCUGAAAGUUUAGUUUCUUUCUACAAUGAACUGUGUAUUUUUGGUGAUUUUUUAAUCCCCUGCAGGCUGGUGGGGGUUUAGAGGGUUAAUCGAUCUGAAACGUAAUCUGUUUAUGAUGAAUCAUGUUGUGUUGAAUCUGUAAUAAUCUUCUCUGGAUCAAAGUGCAAUGCAACAAUAUCUGUACAAAUUAAAUGUUCUGAUUUUUUCAUCUCUAUCUCUAACAAGAAGACAAAAUAUAAUAGUGGACAUGUGAAUUAAUAAAUAAGCAUA